UGCGCACUAGCCGUUGCGACUUGCGAGUUGCGAUCGCCGCCGCCGCCCACCUCCCAUGUCCCAUCGGCCAUCGCUUCCUACAAAUACGCUCCCCUGUCGAGACCCUAAACCCCACAAAGCAAGCAUCGCAUCUCUCUUCUUCUCCCCCCCUCCUCGCCGCCUCUCCCCUCUCGUCGAUCCGACGCGCUUGGGGGAGUCGACGCUUUCUCUUCUCGCUUGCUAAUCAAAGCUCUCGCAUAAUUCCCGUCUCUGUUUCGUUAAUUUCCGCUUGUUUCAUUUAAUUACAUAGUCUUCUUAGCGUGUUGAUUUUUCUGUUUGAUCCUGUGAUUGAUCUAGUUUACUUCUAGUGAUCUUUAUUGCUGCUGGUAUUACUGCUGUUUGUUUCCUUGUUAUUUGCGUGCUUGUGCUCUUCUGUUUCUGCUAACCAUGGACGCAGGCUCCCACUCGAUCUCGUCGGAGAAGAGCCACGGACUCGCGCCGCGGCCGCCGCUCCAGGAGGCCGGCUCCCGCCCGUACAUGCCAUCGCUGAGCACUGCCUCGCGCAACCCGUCGGCCAAGUGCUACGGGGAUAGGUUCAUACCGGACAGGUCGGCGAUGGACAUGGACAUGGCGCACUACCUGCUCACGGAGCCCAAGAAGGACAAGGAGAACGCGGCGGCGUCCCCGUCCAAGGAGGUGUACCGGAGGCUGCUCGCCGAGAAGCUGCUCAACAACCGGACACGGAUCCUCGCCUUCCGGAACAAGCCACCGGAGCCCGAGAACGUCUCUGCCGCGGAUACUGCUUCUACCCACCAGGCCAAGCCGGCCAAGCAGCGGCGCUACAUUCCCCAGUCUGCCGAGAGGACUCUGGAUGCACCGGACCUCGUCGACGAUUACUAUCUCAACCUGCUGGACUGGGGAAGCAAGAACGUGCUGUCCAUUGCGCUGGGCGACACGGUGUACCUGUGGGACGCCUCGAGCGGAUCCACAUCUGAGCUCGUGACCGUGGACGAGGACAGCGGCCCGAUCACCAGCGUCAGCUGGGCUCCUGACGGCCAGCAUGUCGCCGUUGGCCUCAACUCUUCCGACAUCCAGCUCUGGGACACCAGCUCCAACCGACUGCUUAGAACUCUGAGAGGUGUGCACGAAUCAAGAGUCGGUUCACUCGCAUGGAACAACAACAUCCUGACCACUGGCGGUAUGGACGGCAACAUCGUGAACAAUGACGUAAGAAUCAGGAACCAUGUCGUGCAGACAUACCAGGGGCACAGCCAGGAGGUGUGCGGGCUCAAGUGGUCUGGUUCAGGGCAGCAGCUGGCCAGUGGUGGCAACGACAACCUUCUUCACAUUUGGGAUGUGUCCAUGGCAUCGUCCGUCCCAUCUGCAGGCCGCAACCAGUGGCUGCACAGGCUCGAGGAUCACACGGCCGCUGUGAAAGCGCUUGCAUGGUGCCCAUUCCAGAGCAACCUGCUUGCAACUGGAGGUGGUGGUAGCGACCGGUGCAUCAAGUUCUGGAACACACACACCGGUGCAUGCUUGAACUCUGUCGAUACCGGAUCGCAGGUGUGCGCUCUUCUAUGGAACAAAAAUGAGAGAGAGCUUCUGAGUUCACACGGAUUCACGCAGAACCAGCUGACAUUGUGGAAGUACCCGUCGAUGGUUAAGAUGGCUGAACUCACUGGCCAUACUUCCCGUGUCCUUUUCAUGGCUCAGAGUCCUGAUGGUUGCACAGUAGCAUCGGCUGCUGCAGAUGAGACCCUGCGGUUCUGGAAUGUGUUUGGUAGUCCUGAAGCCCCCAAGCCUGCAGCCAAGGCUUCCCACACUGGGAUGUUCAACAGCUUCAACCAUCUCAGAUAAGGAUGAACCAGGUGAACAAAUUCGUCUAUUUGAUCUGGUCCUUUGGACAGCUUAAAAAUGAUCGUGCUGAUUGAGAUGGCCUUGGCACAAUAGGCUGUGCAAGAAGAGCAUUGCAGUGCUUCUCAUGAUAAUGAUCCAAUCGUUUCGCUUUCAAACGGAAGAUCGCAAGUGAGAUUUGGCUUCAUCGAUAUCUUCAUCUUUGAUUGGUAGAUACUAUCUUCGACUUCAAGUUCACAAAGAGCACCAAAAAGAACCUGGAAAUGUGCAAAACCUUAUCACUUAUCGGGGAAUGAAAUGCUGAGUUGGUGACUUGAGAUAGGAAUAUAUACUUCUGGCAAUUUAGUUAGUUAUUCUGUACAUUAUCUAAAAAAAAGUUAGUUCUUCUGUAGAGCAUAUGUAAAGCACACACAUAGUAUCUAAAAAAAUUGAUCUUGUUUUAAUUGCGCCAAAAGAUCAAUUUUUGAAGAAUCUUUUGGUGGAAACAUCAAAUGAUCGGUUUGAUGUAACAAAACAAGAGGUGUAGUUCAAAUAUUUAUGUACGUUCUUCCUCCGUUUCAUAUCAUACUAUUCAAAACUAGUCGUUUGACCUUUUUUAGUCAAA